UGAUGGCCUCACCUGGAGCCUCCCCAGCCACACACUCUUCCCCAUCGGCUCCAGUUCUGUACUGGCUCAGGUCAAGGACUUUUCCUGUUUCCAAGAGAACACUAAAACAAGAGCAAGAAAAUGGACUCAAACUCUCCGUUCGAAUGGCCUCACAUGCUGAAUUAUAAUGGGACUUACAAGUACCUCUACUUAGAAGGCAAUGUCUCCUAUGUGGACUUCUACCUUCAUCAGCCUUCAGCGGCAGCUGUCUUCAUCAUUUCUUACCUCCUGAUCUUCCUGCUCUGUAUGGUUGGCAACGGAGUGGUUUGUUUUAUUGUGCUGAAGAGCAAACGUAUGCGUACAGUCACAAACAUUUUCAUCUUAAACCUGGCUGUCAGCGAUUUGCUGGUGGGAAUCUUCUGCAUGCCCACCACCCUCCUGGACAACAUCAUUGCAGGAUGGCCAUUUGGGAGCCUGAUUUGCAAGAUGAGUGGGAUGGUCCAAGGAGUCUCUGUUUCUGCCUCUGUCUUCACUCUAGUUGCAAUUGCUGUAGACAGGUUCCGGCGCAUUGUUGACCCAUUCAAGCAGAAGCUGACCAGUGCAACUGCAGUCGCCAGUAUUGUGCUCAUCUGGAUUCUGGCCAUUACCAUCAUGUGUCCUUCUGUGGUCAUGCUACAGGUACAAAAAGAUAAGCAUUUCAGGGUCAUCCUUGGCUAUGGCAAUGAAACCCGUCCUGUGUACUGGUGCCGGGAGGACUGGCCUGACCCAGGAAUGAGGAAGAUCUAUACAACAGUUCUGUUUGCCAGCAUCUACCUGGCUCCCCUGUCGCUCCUUGUUCUCAUGUAUGCCAGGAUAAGCAUGGCUCUCUGCAACACAGCGAUGCCCAUUGAGGGCAAAGACAGCCAGGAGCAGCGGCACAGCAGAUCCAAGAAGAAACAGAAAGUCAUCAAAAUGCUCAUUAUUGUGGCUCUGCUCUUCGCCCUGUCCUGGCUUCCCCUGUGGACUCUGAUGAUGCUCACAGACUAUGCCAACCUUUCUGACAUGCAGCUGCAGAUCAUCAACAUUUACAUCUACCCCUUUGCUCACUGGCUGGCCUUUUUCAACAGCAGUGUCAACCCCAUCAUCUACGGGUUCUUUAAUGAAAACUUCCGCCGAGGCUUUCAGGCAGCCUCCAAACUCCAGCUCUGCUUCAGGGAAAUGGAUCACGGGGAGCUCUACUCUCAGCAAGGCCAAGGCAAUGCCAUUCUGCCAGCUGCCAAUGACCAAAUGCCCCAAGAUCAAGCUUGUCAAAAUGGAGAGAAGGAGGCUGGGAAGACAGUCAAGAAAGGAAAUUGGGUGAAUAACCAGCAGGAUUUGGUAAUGGAGGAUUUAGAAGAGCCCUGCAGUGAUGGGAUCAAGUGA